CUCUCUCGGGCGACGUUAUAAAGGAGGCCUCGCGGAGAAGAAGACGAGCGGCGGAGGCGGCGUGUAUGUUGGGGCGGCAGCAGCAGCAGCAGCCGCCGGUGUCCUACAAUGGCGACCACACAGUCUGUCUUCAUAUUUGCUCUCUGUAUUUUAAUGAUAACGGAAUUAAUACUGGCUGCAGAAAGUUAUUAUGACAUUUUAGGUGUUCCAAAAAAUGCUUCUGAUCGUCAAAUCAAGAAGGCAUUUCACAAAUUAGCAAUGAAAUACCACCCAGACAAAAAUAAGAGUCCUGGAGCAGAAGCAAAAUUUCGGGAAAUUGCAGAAGCAUAUGAAACAUUGUCAGAUGAAAAUAAACGUAGAGAAUAUGACCAAUUUGGCCACGCCGAAGGACGAAGAAACAAUGGAAACUCUUUCCAGCAGCCAUUUAACUUCAAUUUUGAUGACUUAUUUAAAGACUUUGACUUUUUUGGCCAAAACCACAAUACACAGUCAAAGAAACAUUUUGAAAAUCAUUUUCAAAAUCACCAGCAGGCUCACAGCAGGCAAAGACGUUCUUUCCCAGAAUUUUCCUUUGGAGGAGCAGGAAUGUUUGAUGACAUGUUUGAAGACAUGGAAAAAAUGUUUUCGUUCAGUGAAUUUGACAAUACGCAAAGGCACACAAUGCGAACUGGAAACAAAUUCCAUGGAUCUAGUAAGCACUGCAGGACUGUCACUCAGCGUCGAGGAAACAUGGUUACUACGUUCACGGAUUGUUCUGGACAAUAAUACUUCAUAGUUUCUUUCUUCUGUCCUUAACUACUUUUUUCUUUUUACCCUUUGCUGCUAAAUCACAGAGAUCCUUCUGCGGACUGUGUGAGAUUUAUAGCUUAAUCACUUUAACUGCUGAAAAUAAACUAGCUAACCUGAUAAAUAUUACCAGAAGUGCAACAAAACAAAAUGGGAUGGUGUUAACUUAUUCCAUUGGCUGCAUAGAAUGUCCAUGUGGGGGGAAAAUCUCCAUGUGACAGUGUUAGAGUCUAUUUUUAAUAAUAUAGAAGCAAGGUUACCAGAUUACCUCACUGUUAUGCUUAUACUUCACAGUUGAUGAAGUGUUGAGUUAGUGGUACACUAGACAUCAUUUGUUUAAAGUGUUAACCUGUUGAGUGCUUGUGUGAUGUUGUUUUUAUUUAGCACUAUGUUUACCUACUGUGAUCUUGAGUUUGCAAGUUGCCAGUAGUGACUUUAAAAUACAGUAAAAACAGAUGGUUGGGCAA